AUGAGCUCCCAGCCAUCGAUAGCUUCGGUCUCAUUUGAACAGCACGCAUCGGGACGGGGUAUUGGGGUAUCCAGGCCCCGCAUUUCGUGGACGUUCGCAGCAAACGAGGAAACGGAAAGAGACUGGGUUCAAACUGCUUACACUCUGGAGAUUGCGCGCAAUUCGGAUCCGCCAGAAUCGCACCACGUGCAGUCCGCAGAGUCGGUCCUCGUUCCCUGGCCCAGUCAUCCUCUCCGCUCUCGCGAGGUGGCACAAGUACGUGUGCGCGCGCAUGGAACUGCCAAUGUGCAACACACGGAGUGGUCAGGUUGGGCGACGGUGGAGUGUGGUCUGCUGAAACGAGCAGACUGGACCGCCAACGCGAUCACCAGUCGGUUCAAGCAGCCUGAGGGACCCUUACGACCUUUGCGAUUGCGGAAAACAUUCUCUUUGCCUGCUGCCGCUAUCAAACAUGCACGUCUCUACAUCACUGCUCUCGGAGUAUUUCAAGCCUAUAUAAAUGGCGUCCCCGUUGGUACUCAUUGCAUGUCGCCGGGGUGGACGAGCUACAAGCACCGUCUAAACUAUGAGGUUUUUGACGUGGGUCCCUUACUGAAGGGAUCCCAGCCCAAUGUGAUUGCCGCAGAGGUGGCGGAGGGAUGGUAUGCCACAAGACUCGGUUUUGGGGGUGGCCGGCGCUUUGUCUUUGGUGAUGAAAUGGCUCUCGUUGCGCAGCUAGAGAUUGACACCGGCAAUGAAAAGAAGAGCAUUUUAACCGACUCAACGUGGAAGUGUCAUCUCUCUGCAAUCAUGACGAGUGAAAUCUACGACGGCGAGGUCUACGACGCUCGUGAGGAACAGCCCGGCUGGUCUGAUGACUUGAACAUGGACGAUGCAUCCUGGGAAUCAGUCCGCGAGACUGAAUUUCCAACGGCUGAGCUUGUUUCGCCGAGUGCACCUCCAGUGCGUGUCACUGGGGUCGUGCAGGCAGUCGAGAUCAUCAAGACACCCUCUGGCAAGAUAAUAGUCGAUUUUGGUCAAAAUCUUGUUGGACGCGUGCGCAUUCCACUUCUCACGCAGUCUGCAAACCACACGAUUACAUUGACUCAUGCGGAAAUCCUUGAGGACCAAGAACUGGGCAUUCGCCCGCUUCGAAAGGCCAAAUGCGCAGACACUCUUGUUUCCGCGGGUGCAGCAAUCCGCAACUGGGCACCACAGUUCACAUUUCACGGCUUUCGCUUUGUUCAAGUUGAUGGAUGGAGUCCCGACGACGAUGUCGCCCCGCUUACUAUCAACAGUCUCGUAGCCGAGGUGAUGCAUUCUGACCUUGAGCGCACUGGAUACUUCAGUUGUUCCCAGCCGAUGAUCAACAGACUGCACGAUAAUGCAAUAUGGAGUAUGCGCGGCAAUUUUUUCUCCAUUCCAACAGACUGUCCACAACGUGACGAGCGAUUGGGAUGGACGGGAGACAUUCAAAUCUUCGCCCCCUCGGCUUGUUUUCUUUACAACGCUGGCGGUAUGCUGAGUGACUGGCUCAAAGACUUGGCAGUCGAACAACUUGCUUCGCCCAGUGCAAUCCCUCCCUUUGUCGUUCCCAAUGUCCUCUCCGAGUCAACGUGGCCCAUGUUCCCACAGGCUGUCUGGGAUGAUGUCACCAUCUUGCUCCCCUGGACUCUCUACCAGAACUACGGAGAUAUUGAAAUCCUACGGCGGCAGUACCCAAGUAUGACAGCAUGGGUGGAUCGUGGAAUCCAGCGAGGACCGGACAGACUGUGGGACGACAGUCUUUCCCAGCUAGGAGACUGGCUUGAUCCUACUGCGCCAGCACACCAGCCAGGCAAUGCACGUACAGACGGCACCCUGGUUGCCGACGCCUACCUUGUUCAUGUCACUCGGACCCUAGCCGCGAUUGCCACGAUCCUAGAUGAAAAAGUCGACGCGGCAAAAUAUGAGCUGGACUUUUUGGCCCUGAAGACACGUUUUCAGUACAAAUACGUCUCGUCUGAAGGCUACCUCGUUGGCGAUACGCAGACGUCUCUCAGCCUCGCCAUUGUAUUUGAACUGAUCGAUUCCCCGGUUCAAGUUGCCAACGCCGGCGCCCGACUUGCACGGCUUGUUCGCAAAGCUCACUUUCAAGUAUCGACCGGAUUUGCAGGGACUCCGCUUAUCACGCACGCAUUAACGAUGACUGGACAUGUGCAGCUCGCCUAUCGAAUGCUACAGGAGCAGUCCUGUCCCUCUUGGAUGUAUCCGAUCACCAUGGGAGCAACAACCAUUUGGGAACGAUGGGACAGCAUGCGUCCCGAUGGCAGCAUCAACCCGGGCGAGAUGACCAGCUUCAACCACUAUGCCUUGGGCUCCAUCAUCAAUUGGUUGCAUAAGAUCGUGGCAGGAAUCAGCCCGCUCGAUCCUGGAUGGAGAAGAGUGCUGGUGCGCCCCAUCCCCGGCGGCACAGUCAAUCAGGCCGAGGCAAUAUACGACACUGUGUACGGACGUCUGGAAUGCCGGUGGAAAAUUGUAUGGGGGAAAUUUGAUCUCGAGGUAGUUGUGCCCCCAAAUUCGUGGGCGAGGGUUGUACUUCCAGGUGAAGAUGCCCAGGGUGGACGCUGGAUCGGGUCGGGUUCGUGGACUUUUGAGACUUGGUUUGACAGUCAAAUUGGAUGGCCGCCUCAGGAACUGCGACCGCCAAUUCCUGGCCUGUAG